AUACAAAAUAUGUUGCUUGAUAAGUGAUGUAGAUAGUAGUGUAACGAAGCGAUUAGUAGAAAGUCGACUAUUUAAUUUUACAUGUAGCACUAACUUGAUACAUUUUAAGUUUAAUCAAUGUAUAUUAUUUUCGGUCUUUAGGACGAUUUAAUUAAUGGACCCUUGGUCAAUAUAUAAAAUGCAGUUCAUACUUUUGUACUAGAUCAAAAGAUACAACUAUAAAUUUAGUUCUAGAGGCGGAAACUGGAGAAAUAUUAAAUAUUGCUUCUAGACUUGUAUCUAAUUCAGAAAGUUUAUUAGAAAACAAGACCUCUAAUAUUUGUGAACAAUUCAAUUCUUUAAUUAAUAAACAUGUAAGGGGUAAGAGAUUGAACUUUUGUGGAAUAGGUAAUUACAAUACGAGGGUAGAGGCAGAUGCUGUGGCAUUUCAUUCCAAAGGGUAUUUAAGACAAAUGCAUAUAAUAACAAGUAACUGCAGUCCAGGAAAAUGUUGAAAAUAUUUUCACAGGAAGAAAUUGAGAUGAAAAAAAAAUAAUUUUUAGGCCAAACUGAUGUUUAAAAAAUUGUAAUUGAAACAAGAGAUCAAAACAACAAUGUAAUGUGAUACAGUGAACGAAAGAAACACUUGACUACUUCUAAUUAUAUUCAGAUAUGUAAGAUGCGAUCCAACACAAGCUGCAGAAAUGUAGUUUAUAAUAUUUUAUACGCAACUAAUUUCCAGUCAAAAGCAUUACAGCAUGGAAAAAUCAUGGAAGCUAAAGCUUGACAAAAUGUUGAGCGGUUUUUAAACAAAAUUGUCAAUAAUAGUGGUUUGGUUUGGUAGUAGUUCCAGAUUAUCCAUAUCUAGCUGCCAGUCCAGGGUCAACAACCACAGCAACCUAAUAUUAAAAGAGCUUCAUCAAAGUUCAAUGACUUAAUGAAAAAUGCAUCACAAGAAUGUUUAUCAAAGAACCACGUUACUAUAGAACGUGUAGUGGCUCUCUACUCAAUUAACACUGAAGAUCAUGCAGCAAAGUGCUAUGUAUCCUGUAUGCUGAAUCGUUUUAAUGUAACUAAUGAGAAAGGCGAAUACAAUGAGAAAGCGUUAAAACAAAUGAUGAAGAGACGAAAAACUCAGGAUAUAUCGUCAGCUUUAAAAGAAAACAUAGAUAAGUGCACAUCUCAAGCAAAUGAUGUUGACUCUUGUGAAAAGGCAGUACAGUUUACAAAGUGUCUUUAUUCAAACAAACAAGAGAUGGGAAUCGACAACGGCAACCAAAUGCGCCCACCUCAGUCAAUGCCUCCGAUAAUUCCUUUUUCUUCUAUAAGACCAAGAUUUCCAAACCCUAACUCUAGAGGACCUCCUCAAAGACAACAAAAUGGUCAAGUCGGUAGUUGGAGAAAUGGCAACCGUAUGCCUUUUAACAUACAGUCACCUAAUAUGACUGAAAACACUGAUUUUAUAUAAAGUUAUCGGAAAUAAAUUCCAGAUCUAAUACUUAAUUUAAAUAAUUAAUAGCCCCACUUAUCUUGAUUAAUUUUAAUACUUUACUUUAUGAAUUACUAUGCACAAAAUAGAUUUAAUUUUAAUGGUGACUGGAAUAAUUUUUACUAUAUUGAUUUGUUCGGUAUAAAUUAUCACGUUAUUUCUUCUCUUUAAAUAAAAGAAUAAAUGAUAAUCAUAAAAAAAUAUUAACACGUUGUCUUAUUUAUGAAAAAU